GGCAAAGACUUCUUAAAAAUUUGAAAUGGAAACAGAAACUCUCCUGAAUUUUUCUAUGUUCAACUUUCGCAGUUUUGUAUCGUAUAUUUAUUGGUAAGAAGUGGAAGGAAAUGAGUUGAUAGUUGCUUAAAAAUGAGGUUGGGUGUGAUAGUGAGUUUGUUGUUGUAUUGUGUGGCAGUUUUAGAGAGUGAUGGGUGCUUGGAGAAUGAGAGAAUUGGUCUACUUCAAAUCAAGAGCUAUAUCUUAUCUCUAGGUCGUGAAGAGUGGAAUGAGUUGGAAUUGGAUUCAUGGGUUGAAAAUAGAAGUAGUGAUUGUUGUGUUUGGAACAGAGUCAAAUGUUCCAAUAUCUCAACUCAACAACAUGUAACACACUUGUUUCUGGACAGUCUCAAUUCAAGAGGUUCUCAUUUGAUAAACGGUUCAUUGUAUAGUCCUUUUCAAGAAUUGCUCAGCCUUGACUUGUCUAAUAAUGACUAUGAAGGUUGGAUUGGUAAAGGAUUUCCAAGAUUGAUGAAGUUGGAGAACUUAAAACUUUCAGAUAACACAAUGAAUGGUAAUUUAUCUGAUAUGGAUAUUAAAAAUUUGCAAAGGUUGAAGGUGUUAGACUUGGGUUCAAAUAAUUUAUACGGCUCAAUUGAAGGAUUAUGUGAAAUUCAAGAUCUUAUAGAGUUAGGUCUCAACUCAAAUAGGUUUAGCGGUCAAAUUCCAGAGUGUCUAAGCAUCUUCAGAAACCUGCAAGUUCUUGAUCUUUCAAAAAAUCAAUUUAGAGGAAAAUUUCCAUCCUUCAUUGGAAAUAUGUCAUCCCUUUCAUAUUUGUCUCUUUUUGACAAUAACUUACGAGGCUCAUUUUCAUUGAACAUUUUGGCUAACCAUUCAAAACUUCAAGUUCUAUAUAUUUCUUCAACAAGUCCUAAAACACAAGUUGAGAGUGAAAAUGAGCAAUGGUUUCCAACAUUUCAGUUAAAGUUUCUCAUCCUUCGAAGUUGCAACUUAAAUCUAGAAAAAGGAAGUGUUAUUCCAAGUUUUCUCCAAUAUCAGAAAGAAUUGCUCUACAUCGACCUCUCUCAAAACAAAUUGGUUGGAGCAUUUCCAAAUUGGUUGAUUCAAAAUAACUCAAGACUCAAAUAUUUCUUGGUUGCGAAUAACUUAUUUGAAGGAAACCUUCAAUUGUCUUCCGUCAGAAAAAAUAUAACUUGGCUAGAUAUCUCAAACAACAAUGUUUCUGGUUCUCUCUCAAAAGAUAUUGGUACAUUCCUUCCUUUGGUUAGUACGUUAAAUCUGUCAACAAACAACUUUGAAGGAAGUAUACCUACUUCAAUGGGUGAAAUGAAACAACUUUCCUUCUUGGACUUGUCUCACAAUCACUUCUCAGGUGAAUUACCUUAUCAAUUAACAAUCGGGUGCAUUAGCCUUGAAGAAUUGAGGCUUUCCAACAAUCAUUUCCGUGGGAAUAUUCCUAAAUUUUCCAAUUUUACAAAGUUGUCACAAUUGUUUGUCAAUAACAACAACCUCAAUUGCACUCUAAAAGAAGUAUUGGAAAAUUUGAAUGGUGAAGAAUUAAUGGCAGUAGACAUAUCCAACAAUUCAAUCUCAGGCUCAAUUCCUAGUACAAUUGCAAAGUGGUCACGUGUGUGGGUCCUUCUUAUGGGAAAUAAUCAGUUGGAAGGUGAGAUCCCCAUUGAGUUCUCCAACCUUGUAAUGCUUUUUGUGUUGGAUCUUUCACAAAAUAAAUUAUUUGGGUCAAUCUCACUCCUUAAUCCAUCAAUCUUGACGUUUUUGUAUUUGCAAAAGAAUGAUUUCUCAGGCUCCAUACCUCUCGGAUUCUUUGAGAGCUCAAGCCUAACAACUCUAGACUUGAGGGAUAAUAAUUUUUCUGGAAACAUUCCUUACAUGAUUGAGAGACUGUCAAAUUUACGAGUGCUUUUACUUGGAGGGAACAAUUUUGUUGGUCACAUCCCAAUUCAAUUAUGCCAAUUACCAAAAAUCACCAUUAUAGAUCUUUCACGCAAUAAGCUCAAGGGUUCAAUACCAUCUUGCUUCAACAACAUUUCAUUUGGGAUAAAAGAGAAUUAUGAUUCUUCCGCCCAAACAGUUGCAUUCUCAACCGUGUUGCUCAAUUCACCGAUAGAAUCUGCGGUGAAUGCUAGUGUGUCAUUGUUUAUGCCUUCAAUUGAUUAUCAAAAUGACGACAUAAACGCUGCUGUUGAAGUUAGAACAAAGAAUAAUAUUUACACUUACAAAGGCUUCAUCCUUGAGAAAAUGACUGGGUUGGAUUUAUCAUGCAAUAUGUUAAGAGGUAGCAUCCCUUUUCAAAUUGGAGACAUGCAAAAAGUUCGAGUCCUGAACCUAUCUCAUAAUUACUUGUCUGGUUCUAUUCCAAAUACUUUUUCUAAUCUUGCCCAAAUUGAGAGCCUUGACCUGUCCUACAACAAUCUCAGUGGUGAGAUACCCUUUCAAAUGGUCAAGUUGAACAACUUAGCAAUCUUCAAUGUGUCAUUUAAUAAUCUUUCUGGAGUUGCCCCUAGUACUGGUCAAUUUGGAACCUUUGUUGAAAACAGCUACCUAGGCAAUCCUUUUCUUUGUGCUGAACUCCUAACGCAUACGUGUGAAGCUUCACCUCCAUCACAAUUGAAUCACAUAGAAGGAAAGGAAACAAUGAUUGACAUGGGAGCAUUCUAUUGGACUUUCAUAUCAUCUUACAUAGUAAUACUGAUGGGUUUCACAACAGUGCUUUGCAUAAAUGCUUCUUGGCGCAUGACUUGGUUUUAUUUCAUUGCUAAGAUUAUACAUACAUGUUUUCCAACUCUCCCUUUGUAUUGAAAAAGGUCCAUUUGGAAGUUUCUAGUUCAAUUUGCUAUUUGUAAACUUGAAAGUGUUGCACGAAUAAGAACAGAAUCCACGUGACAUUACUAAGAAU